AGCCGACUAACUGGCAAAUCAAGAAGAUGAUGGAAGAAUCCCGCUUCGCUACCGAAAUAUUUUUAUAAAUCCUUACUUCUGAAGAAAAAACCCAUGCGGCGGAAUAUAUAUUUCCGUAUACAAAUUAAAAACCUUAAUCACUAAGAAAAAUUCACCCAAAAGACUAUUUAAAGCCAUGAACAGCUGACAAUUUACUCCCUCUCAGGCGCCGGAACAUGGCGGGUUCAAUUUUUAGGGCGACCUUCACUUCGUUCUUCGAAAAAUGGCUUGUUUCACAACAAACCCAUCUCGAAGAACUUCAUUUCCUUUCGGAAUCGAUCAAUAAAGAUGAAGAAGAAUGCAAAGAUUUGGUCGCAAAAGUUUUAUCCCAUUACCAAAAAUAUUACCAAGAGAAGACUGAAUUAGUCAAUUCCGAUGUCUUUUUGUGCUUUUCUCCGCCAUGGCUGAGCUCUUUCGAGCGCAGUUUGCUUUGGAUUUCUGGGUUCAAACCAUCUAUGGUUUUCCCGCUGGUGAAGAACUCAGUGGGAGAAUUUUUAUCAGAAGAACAAUCCCACAGGAUUGAAUUGGCGAGGGCUGAAAUUAGAAGAGGAGAAAGAGACAUCGAACAAGCACUGGCGAGAAUUCAAGAGAGUUUGGCUGAACCACCAAUUUUUUAUCUGAUGAAGAAAAUGGGAAAAUUGGUGGACGGUGAGGUAACUGAGUUUGAUACAGCAAUGGAUGAUUUGAAGAAAUCAAUGGCUGUCAUUAUAAGUGAUGCUGACGAUCUUCGUGCAUCAACGGUGAGGAAGAUCGUGGAGAUUCUGAGCCCAGUGCAGAGUGUCAAGUUCUUAGCUACUGCUGCUGAGUUUCAACUUCAAUCAAGAAAAUUGGGUUUGCAGAAGGAAUCAACGGUUGCAAAUCAAUCUGCAUGAUCACGAAUAUUUUCUGUUGUAUGUUAGUAUUUGAUCAUGUUUAAUUUCUACUGAAUAUGGCUUCAAUUAAGGAAAUUGGGAAAACUUGGGGCCUUUUCUCUGCUUUCUGAAGUCGUUAAAGUAAUAAAAUGGUUUAAUUUUGCUUUUCAUUAA